AUGCAGUUCCAAUUGGUGGUUAUGGCCCUGCUGGCUAUCGGGGCCAUCUCCGCGCCUGCUUCGAACCGCCGAGAUCUUGAAAUCGCAGCACGUCUUGCUCAGAAUGGCCCUGGCGGUCCCGGUACCCCACGACCUCCACCCUUCCCACCUGGAGGUCCUGGUAGCCCUCCUCGCCCCCCUCCUGGCGGCCCUACUCGUCCUCCUUUCCCACCCGGUGGCCCCGGCAACCCUCCUCGCCCUACUCCUACUCGCCCUCCUUUCCCACCCGGCGGCCCUGGUAACCCUCCUCGCCCUACUCCUCCUCCUUUCCCCCCUGGUGGCCCGGGUGGCCCUCCCGACGGCCCCGGUGGUCCUGAUGGUCCUGAUGGUCCUGGUGGGCCCGAUGGCCCUGAUGGCCCCGGUGGUCCUGAUGGCCCCGGUGGUCCUGAUGGCCCCGGUGGUCCUGAUGGCCCCGGUGGUCCUGAUGGCCCCGGUGGUCCUGAUGGCCCCGGUGGUCCUGAUGGCCCCGGUGGUCCUGAUGGCCCCGGUGGUCCUGAUGGUCCCGGUGGUCCUGAUGGUCCUGGUGGGCCCGAUGGCCCUGAUGGUCCAGACGGCCCGGGUGGGCCUGGCGGGCCUGGCGGUCCCGGCGGUCCUGGUAAACCUCCAGGUGGUCCCGGUAAGCCACCAGGUGGCCCAGGCGGUCCAGGCGGUCCAGGUAAACCUCCAGGUGGCCCAGGUGGCCCCGGCGGUCCAGGCGGUCCUGGUAAACCUCCAGGUGGUCCCGGUAAGCCACCAGGUGGCCCAGGCGGUCCAGGCGGUCCAGGUAAACCUCCAGGUGGUCCCGGUAAGCCACCAGGUGGCCCAGGUGGCCCCGGCGGUCCAGGCGGUCCUGGUAAACCUCCAGGUGGUCCCGGUAAGCCACCAGGUGGCCCAGGCGGCCCAGGCGGUCCAGGCGGUCCAGGUGGCCCAGGUGGUCCAGAUUGUCCUCCAGAUGGCCCUGACGGCCCUGGCGGUCCUGGCGGUCCAGGUGGCCCGGGUAAUCCCCCAGGCGGUCCCGGCGGUCCCGGCGGCCGAGUUGCCUCACAAUAG